AUGAUGAUGAAUCUGUGUUUCCUGCCAUCAUCAGCGAUUGUCGAAGCAGCGACGACAUUGACACAAAGGCAUCUUUCGAUCUUAGCCAAUGGAUCGAAAUAUGUUCCGCGAUGUCAAAGUUAUUCCUCGUCAACAUCUGCCCAGACUCUUAUUGCACGGGAAUUUGAUCGUAUGUCAUCGGUGAUCAUGGACGGUCUAGCGAGAAACUGUGUGUCGAAAUCAGAUGCUCGAGCCAAGCUGUUCUUCGGCUCAUUGAAACAUCUGAUUAGUCAAUUCUACGAGGAGAAACUGUCGUGGAAGUUGUUUCGGUCUGUUCGGCGAGAACAGUCAGUGGUUCGAAACAUUCGGCGCCAGUUGAAUGCCAAAAACAACCGGACGAUUCUGCGACGAACAGACAAGAACAAAGUCUUUCAUUUGGGCUCCAGUCUUGAUUAUGAGGAGAAAGCAUUGAUGUAUAUGAUGAAGACACAAGCUUAUGAAGAAGUCGACGAUAGACAAUGUCCAUUGCAAGAUAAUUUGACAUCGAUCAUCUCGUCGAUGAAUGGGCCAACGAUUGGUGUCUCUUAUUUUUUUGACCGUCUUCUGCGACCAUUGUUCGAUCAUGUUGCCAAACAAACGACGUUCGUUAAUGGCAUCGAUCUUGUUCGACAGUUGGAAAAGUAUCGAGACAGUGGUCAUCUAACGACGACAACUCAGUUCAUCACCUUCGAUGUCACUGAUUUGUAUACGAUGAUACCACGCGAUGGGGCACUACCCACAUUAGGACGAUGCCUUAACAAAUAUUCGGUGCGUGGCAAGAUCGAGAAUCUAUCUGUCGAUACCAUCAUGAAGUUAGCACGUCUUGUCUUAGACACGAACUGUUUCGUCUAUGAUGAGAAGUACUAUCGACAGAUCAAAGGCGGAGCAAUGGGUUCACCAUUUACGAUGACAUUAGCCAAUGUCUACAUGUUUGAAUGGGAGCAACCAUUGAUUGACUUGCAGACCAGUCAAGGCGAACUCUACGGAAGAUACAUCGAUGAUGUCUUCAUGACUUCGAAUAUGUCAAUUAGUGAAAUUCAUCGGCAACUCGACUGGAUGAAUCAGAAGGACGAGGAACAUAUUCGAAUUACGUACACAGUCGGCUCAGCGGCAGACUUUCUCGAUGUUCACAUUGAGAAUCAUGUCGGUCAACUGAAAACGUCGGUUUAUCGUAAGCCAGCUGCUGAGCCAUAUGUCUUGUCGUAUGCAUCCGAUCAUCCUCGGCAUGUUCAUGCGAACAUUCCAUAUGAAGCAUUGUUACGUGCUGCUCGGCUAUGUUCGGAUGUCUAUGCCUUCGAUCAGGAACGAGGAAAGAGGAGCAUUACGAACGUGGGUCUCAAGUCAGACUUAAAUCAUUGA